UGUUCCUUGGGGCACUUUGUCCCCUGAAGAGCAAGCUUUUAUAUUUUACAAGAAGCGUUCACUCCGUUCGACUUCCUUUCUAAAUACUGGACUCCAAAUGAUAAGGUCCAAACAUAAUACAAAAAGAUUGUUGCUUUCUUGGUUUACCAGAGGACCCCUCCUUUCCUGAGAAGAUGCCUACCGCGAAGAAGACCCUGACGUUCUUAUCGAGCUUUCUCACAAGCUUCGGGGCGUUCAUCGUAGUGUGCGCCAUGCUUGGGACCCAAGAGUGGGUCCGCAGCAGAAUCGCCGUCAGCGACUCGUCCUCCAACGGUACUCUCGUUGUCGUCUAUGGACUCUUUCGUGGGAACAGUCGUCAGGAAUUCAGUCAUGGACUUGAGGAGUCAAAGAAGGGCUUUGGAGUUCUAGAGAAACUGAACAGUUCUUCCCAAAGAACGCUGCAUUUGGUGGUUAUCCUGGUCCUGGUCCUCAGCCUGUGCUCGCUGCUGCUCAGCUCCGGGCUCACCUUCUACAACAGCAUCAGCAACCCCUAUCAGACGUUCUUGGGGCCUGUGGGCGUGUACACCGGGAGUGGACUUGGUGCUUUCUUCGUUUUCGUGGCCAUGAUACUGUUCGUGGGGAACACACAAUCCAACCAUCUCUCGGAAGACCUGGCCCGGACGCUGUACCCCUUGUAUCCGGCGGCCGCCUACGGAGGAACGACCCACAGCUACGGGUACUCGUUCUGGCUCACGCUGCCUGUCAUUCUUCUAAGUAUUGACUCCGUGGUCAUCGUUGUUUUCUACCAGAAAGCCAGAUACCAGCGAAAGCAGGAGCAGAGAAAGCCCAUGGAAUGUGCUCCAAGAGAUGGGAUUUUAUUCUGAAUUUGACGUUUUGUUGUUUAGCGAUUAGGUCUAUUCUAUCGUACGUCAGCUCUGGAGCAGUGACUGGCUCGCUUGUGGGCACAAUCAGCAAGGUUAAGUGCGGCCCUGGUUGACUGCCACUUCGUGAUCGUUUUGUAUCUCAUGACACCCCAUAAAUGAUGUCACCCUGCAAGGGUUCUUCCCACUGGGGUAGGGAAGAUGAAGGGGAAAUCUCUGCAGUCCACGCAGCAUUCAGCGCGGUAGAAUGACCCCAAGGCUAUGGAACCCCCCGACCUGGUCCCACUCUCUAAGACAAUAAAGGUUUGUGGCUUAGACCUUUCCUUUAAGUAGCUCAGAGCACGUGAGCCCCUAGCACCUCUUUCUCCUCAGGAGGGACCAGGUACUUUUAUUCCACUGUAUGAAUGAAGACUUCAGGUACAGAGAGACUCAGAACUCAUCUAUCCAGGACAAGGUGUUGGAGGCAAAAGGUGGGCAAAAGUCUGGAAUAAACACCCUGGUCCUUUGGACCCCUGGUUCCUGACAUAAUCCAAACCCAGUGGUGGGUAGAAGUGCUGACAUAUGACCUUCAAACCUAUUUUUGAGGUUCCAAGGAGAGAUUUUGGUAUGGAAGAGAGGAGGAAGUGAGAAGAUUUAAGAUAAAAAUUAUAAGCCUAUAGGCUUCACACGAGGGAGGCUAAAUGUAUUUUUAGUUUAAAAGCUUUAUGGUGAGACAGUCAAAAGGGAAAUGUAACGUUGCAAUGAGUUGUAGGAAUAAGCCUUUGCUGUGCACAUGGUAGGGCUGGCCGGAGUCGAUCAGCCAUCAGCGAAUGCCCGUCCGGCCAGAGGUCGAGAGCACCGGGUUUGCAGUGAAGGCUGGGCAGAUGGAGGACACAGAGCCACAGAUGCUGGCUGCCCUCUAAGAACGGGUGAGUCAGACUGGUUUGCAGACUCAGAAGAACUCAGGGGGCCACCAGGAAGAUUCUGAAGACCUCUAGAAUGGAUUAGACCUACUUGGCCAGUAGGAUAUACUUCCAGAUAGUCCCUUUGAGGGUCUUUUGUGAUUGACUCUCCCACAAGUCAGCCCGGUUGAACACUGACAGGAUUCUGAAAUCAUGACCCGUCAUGUCUUGAUUGAACCAAAGUCAAACGGAGCAGAAAUUUAGUGUAAUUUACACUCAGUGUAACUUACAAAGCAGCUGCUCUUUGGACGGAAAGAUCUUUAUGAAGCUAUUUCGGAUUCACAACUUCUUAUCUACUAUUUUUUAACAAUCUGUCUUAGAAUUAAUAUUCUUCACUCAAGAAAUGCCCACCGAAUGCAUCUGAUGUGAUUAGCCGUGCGCUAAUGCGGCCGGGCUUACUGUGGAGAAGUCAAGACAGGCAUUCCAAGAGCCGCUGUUAAAUUCCACAUCAAACAGGGACUUAGUCACCAGACUGCGCCCAUCCUCUGAAAGGUCAGUCCUCUAUAACCGCCCACCCCCAAAGUCAAGGUCACGCUAACAAAUUAACUUGUUGUGAAACUUGGAACCUAUUAAAAUUAUGAUUCUCAACAGUGAAAAUAGUUCUAAAUCCUUUGAGGCUAAAAACAUUUAUGUUCUUUGAAGUUUGCAUUUUGGAUCAGAUUUUGAUAGUGUGGGAAGGUAAUAGAAGAGGAAAGGGGUAGGGGUGACAAUCCGUGCAAAUGAUCGCUGAGGCCAGGGCUCACACCCCGGGUUAGUGCAAAGGACACUACAAGAUACAGAAAACACGUUUACUCGUCUCAGAGUCUGAGCGGCCCUCGGUUUCUUUAGGGCACAAACUGUCUCAAUCCUUAUACCACAAUGACCUUUAAGAAACCACUCAGAACAGCUACAGGGAAGUACGUGUCACAGUUCUGGGGAUGACGAGCCUAACUCUCUCUUACUGUGUCUGAAGGUAGAAGGUCAUGAAACUGUGUGUGUGCGUUCCUUAGAAAUUCUGUUAAGGAAGAACAAAGUUUGCAGACUACUCAGAGAUGCAGACGUGACUUCAUAGAAGUACAUUACAUUUGCUGUAGUGGAACCACGUAAAACACCAUUUUCAAAGUCCGAACUAUUCUGUGGAAUUAGAGUGUUCUAGCAGUCAUGAUAUGACCCACUAAUCAACCCGUGUGGCCCCACUGCGAUGAGCUGGAUGACAAGGUUCACCCACAUUUGCAAAAUAAAUAAACCUUAUAGAA